CUCUAUCUAUGCUGCGCGGAAUGCGAUUUAAUUGGCUCCGCGCGCGGAGUUGAUGAACGCGGUGGGCGGAAAUUUUAUAUCAACGGCGGGGAAGAAACAUUUUACUCCUACACUCUAAAGUCGACUCCAACCCAGUCGCUCUAAUACAAGGAAACCACUGAUACCUCCCAAUCGUCUACAUAAGUUUCCUAUAUUAAUACGUCUCCCCCUCGACUAGCAAAAGACCAAAUCCACAGAGAAAACAAAGAAAGCCAAAGAAAGAAAUGACCGACCCAACAACAGAAAUCGACGUCGAUAUCGACGUCCAAGAAAUCCUCCUCGCCGCCUCCCAACACGACAUCCCCAAACUCCGCCAACUAAUCCGCUCAAACCAGACAAUCGCAAACCCUGUCAACGUCAGAGACCCCGAAACUGGGUAUGCGCCAUUACAUGCGGCAAUUGCGGCCUGUGAGCCUGACGACGACGAGCCAAACGGCGUCCAGACGAACGGGGAGCAGACGAACGGGGAGCAGAAAGAUGAGCAGAAGAGCCUUGAGGAGAAGGGCUCGGCGACUGUGAGGUUUUUGCUUCAGGAGGGCGCGAUUUGGAACGAUCUCGAUAAUAAUAAUGAGACACCUGGGUGUGUUGCUAGGCGGUUGGGGCUGAGGGAGUUGUAUGAGCAGCUUGUUGAUGCUGGUGUGCGGGCGGAGCUGCUUUUGAACCGGUUGGAUGGGUAUGAGGAGCUUGAGGAUGAUGAUGAGGAAGAGGAAGAGGGACAGGAAGAGAAGGCUGAGACUGAGGCUGGCGCUGAGGAGGUGGAGGUGGAGGGUGAACCUGCUCCUCAGUUGGUUGAGGCGGCUACAACUACUGAAACGGCUAUGGAGACGGGUCCCGAUGUCACCAAUUCCCGGUAUCUUGAUUCCAAUUUGACUUUCCAGAAUGACCGUUUGCUGGACCAGGAUCAGAACGGUGUUAUGAUGGCUUGGGAGACGGAUAUUAUGGCCAAGUCGGCGAAGAAGCUACUGCCUACGUCUGGGCUGCGUGUUCUGAAUGUCGGACAUGGUAUGGGUAUUGUGGAUGGAUUCAUCCAGGAGCAGUCACCUGCAGAGCACCAUAUCAUUGAAGCGCACCCGGAGGUUGUCGCUGAGAUGAAGCGGAAGGGCUGGGGUGAGAAGCCGGGUGUCACGAUCCAUGAGGGCCGGUGGCAGGAUAUUCUCCCUGACUUGGUCGGACAGGGCGUUAUGUUUGAUGCCAUCUACUACGAUACAUUUGCCGAAUCGUAUGGCGACUUCCGGGAGUUCUUCAGUGAGCAAGUUAUUGGACUCCUUGAGCAAGAGGGGAAGUGGAGUUUCUUCAACGGCAUGGGAGCUGACCGGCAAAUCAGCUACGAUGUCUACCAGAAGGUGGCUGAGAUGGACCUGAUGGAUGCUGGGUUCGAUGUUGAAUGGGAAGAGAUUGCGCUGCCUAAGCUGGAUAACGAAUGGGAUGGCGUGCGCAGAGCAUACUGGCAGAUUGAAAGCUACCGCCUGCCUCUAUGCAAGUAUAUGGAUUAGAAUGAGUUAGAAAUGAUUUAUGUUAGACACGCCAAACUUGAA